AUGAUAAUCCUAAAUAACAUCACCAUUCAUCGUAUUGAUUAUAAUGGGGAUUUAGUUGAUACAGGUGGUCAAAAGAUGGGAGGAAAAUUAACUAAAAUUGACUUAAAAAACGAGUAUUAUGAUAUUGAAAAGCAACUUACCACAGUCGCACUGGAUAUAGACAAACACUUGACUGCUGUUCUCAGAUCCACGGAUAUCAAAGGUUUGAAGCCAGAACACAGAGAAGAGUUUCAAGAAGUGACCACACAGUAUCACCAUGACCUUGACAAGAAGACCAACAACAUUAAGAAGAUUUCAAGAGAAAUAGUUCUAUACAAAAAGAAGAAAAGUGAAGCAUCAGAGGAAAGUUACUCUGAAGGUCUCAAGAAAAACUGGAAGAUGAUAACUGGAGGUCUAAUUGCUGCUCAUGUUGGUGCUUUGUUGGUUGGUUUGGUUGUGUUGCAUUUGAUACCAAUUGUCAAUAUUGUACUUGGACUUGCAACUCUUAAUUGCAGAAAGAUUAAGGGAUUGGAAGAGAUGCCAGAUUUAAACGAUCUUGAAACAUUUAUUCCAGAUAUCGAACAAGCUUGCAUAAAUUUUGAUCAAGUUGUCAAUGAACAGCUUUCAAACCAAAGUCUUAAUAUUACAAUCCCUUUCAUUAAUAUUCAAGCUCAGAGAUAA